AUGAGUGCUGCUAGUAGAAUGAUGUAUUUCUGUCUAAUAUGCAUAUUUUUGUGUUUAAAGGAAAAAUCUCAGGAUUGCAUGUAUCUCCAAUACUGUAAAGUGUGCCAGUCUUACAAGGCACCGCGUUCACACCACUGUCGAAAAUGUAACAGGUGUGUCAUGAAGAUGGAUCACCAUUGUCCUUGGAUCAACAACUGUUGUGGAUACCAGAACCAUGCAUCUUUCACUCUGUUCCUCCUAUUAGCUCCACUGGGAUGCAUUCAUGCUUCUUUCAUAUUUGUUAUGACUAUGUACACUCAGCUUUAUAACAGAAUAUCUUUUGGGUGGAGUUCUGUAAAGAUUGACAUGAGUGCAGCCAAAAGAGACCCUCGACCUAUUGUUCCCUUUGGACUGUCUGCAUUUGCUGCCUCUUUAUUUGCCUUAGGACUGGCUUUAGGAACAACUAUUGCUGUUGGUAUGUUGUUUAUUAUCCAGAUGAAAGUUAUUUUGACAAAUAAAACUUCAAUCGAAUCCUGGAUUGAAGAAAAGGCCAAAGACAGAAUCCAGUACUACCAAACGGGUGAGACCUUUAUAUUUCCUUAUGACAUGGGAAGUAAGUGGAAGAACUUCAAGCAAGUAUUUACAUGGUCUGGGAUUCCUGAGGGAGAUGGCCUGGACUGGCCAGUAAGAGAUGGCUGUCAUCAGUACAGUUUGACGAUAGAGCAACUGAAACAGAAAGCAGACAAGCGAGUAAGAAGUGUGCGGUAUCGAGCAGUAGAAGACUACGGUGGUGUCUGCUGCCCUGUGACUAAAGGUGUUAAAACAUUCUUCACGACACCGUGCACUGAAGAGCCUCGAAUUGCACUGAGUAAAGGGGAUCUGAUUUUAGCCACAAGAGGCUUAAAACACUGGAUGUAUGGUGAGAAGAUUCUCAACUCAGCUGCUGAUGGUGGAAUAAGAGAACGAGGCUGGUUCCCUAGGAAAUGUGUGGAAAAAUGCCAAUGUGACUCUGAAAUGGAUCAACCAAUGGAUGGAGAGAAGAAAAGCAGAUAGCCUUCUAAUUUUUUUUUUUUUUUAACAAAUGGAAAUUUUACUUUCAGACCACAAUCCUUUACUUGAAAUUUUCUGUUUAUUACUUUACACUCAUGCAAUGAAUAUGUUAAGAUAGGGUUUUCUUUUCCUCACAGCUGAAAGGGUUGGAUAUGCCUGUGCCAUGAUUUGCAUACUUUUUUAACAAUAAGUAAUUGAAGAAGCCAUUCAGUGGAUUGCCUUCAAGAUGCAACUUUUUCAUCCCAAGUCAGGUUUCUUUUCUUUUGGCUGUUUAAAUUGCAUUUUAUUGCAUACAGAAGGAUCAUAUAUAGUUUUUCUACAACCGCAUCAGACUGUGAUGCGUGCUGUUUAUCUUUUGUAUUUUACUUUCUCUGAAGCUGCCCCCUGAAAACUAUAAAAUAAACCUCUAAUUCAAAUUCACAAUAAGAUUUGUUACCUGUGACUUUUAAUGAUGUGAAUUGUCCACCUCAAAUAAAUGAUACAUAUUCAUAUUC